AUGCAUAAACCCUACCCGUGGUUGAAGACUGCUGUGCUAAAGCUGGUGGAACGUAUGAGACUAUCUGUCCCUGAGGUAUCUCCUGGAUGGCGUGGACUUGUCAUGCUGGCCCCUCAAUCCUCAGAAUGGUCAGUGAUGCCUCAAUCCUUUGUUGCUGGCCAUAUCCACGGCCCUGCUGCUGCUGACCCUAUCCACGACUCUGCUGUUGUUGGCCAUGUCCACUGCCCUACAAUUGGCCCUGGCCCCUGUCCUGCUGGCCUCCUACUGAUAGGAUAUAAAAAUGAUGAUGCAUCAGAAGCCGACGCGUCUACAUCCGCUCCCUGGUCCUCCCUCUAUCGACGACGCGAGCCCCCCAAUCGCCGGGCGCGUUCCUACACCCGCUACGAGGGUCCGACGACCGGCGCGAUCUCUCCCGACUCCGCCGUCGACGCCUACUCUUGCGACGAGUGCAUGUACGAGUUCAAGAUCCGGCCGCCUGCGCCGCGGACCGUCCACGACUGGACGCGAGACGAGUGCCCCUACGCGCACCCCGGCGAGAGGCCAGUGCGCCGCGGAAUCGAAGGAAAGUUCACUAACUCCGGCGUCGCCUGCCCCGAGUUCCGGAAGGGCGAGCUGCGAAAGCCGGCGCGACACGUGGCGUACAUGGCGCCACGGUUGUUUCGACGUGCUGCCCUCCAUCCGGCGAGGUACCACGGCCAGCCUUGCAAGGACGGGACGGCCUGCCGCCGCCGGGUUUUGGCUUUCUUCGCUCACCCACUCGCGAGACAGCUUAGGUCUUGCCCGCAAGAGCCCGAAGACUCGCUGGAGAGCUACGGAUGGUGCCCGGAGGCAGCAGCAGCGCAGCAGCCUGCCGGCGGACGCCGACUAGUGGUCUUGGAGGGUUUGAGACGGGGCUCACGGGGACGAGGAGGGGGGCAUGUCGAGAGGGUGGAGAGCGGGAGGGCCCUCAGGGCGAAAAGAUGUUACGAGAGGCUGAGCAAGGAGAGCUGCCAUGGAGAAGCCGGCUCCGGUCGGCUCGGGACCCGGCCCGACGUCGGCUGGUGUGUCCGAGGCUCGUGAAGUGAAUGGCCGCAUUGGUCUCUGUUUUUGCCAAGAGUACUGGUGAAGUUAAUUUUUGUUGGUCCGCGGAGGAAAGAGGGCGGUGGUGUGUAAAUACACGAAGAUGAUCGAUCAAUGACGGUUACAUUUUGGGUUGAUCUUGGAUGUAGAAGGAAGUAAGAUGUCAUUAAUGGUUCUUUUUGUGUACAGAUGAUGAUGAUGGUGGUGGUGGAUUUUAAGGGCCGCUGAAGAUUGGUAGCGCUCUGCUAUUAUCAAAAAUUUCUGAUUCUAUAUGAUCAUGCUAUGUUUAUGUCCGGGUUUUUUUUUCUUUUUCUUUUUCUUUUUCUGGGUCUUUGUUAAGAAAUUUAAUAUUGUUAUGUAAGCUGUAAUUAUGUGAAAGCCUCUGGGCUCACUUGCAAGAUAUUGUAAUGUAUAUUUAUAUAUCUACUGAUUUCUAUUCAA